AUGGUAUUUUUAUGUUUAAAUUCCAAGUUAAAAUCUAAAAAAUCAGCAUCUGAAAUUGAUUUUAAUAAACUUAUUUUUAUACAGAACAAUGAUCUAAAGCAUGCUUUAAGGCUUAUUUUAAACUGGAUGAAUGAAAAAGAAUUAGAUGUCUUAUACUGUCUUUCUCAGAGUUUAAAUAUGAACCUUUUUAAGACACUAGAGGUAUCUUUUUAUAUUAAAAUUGGGUAA